AAAGUAUCGUCAUCUUCAGGCCACAUGUAAUUCAAGAAUAUUGUGCGCAGCUAAGUAGUGUGAAGAAGAAUGCAACUGUGAUUUUGUAAAUUAUCGGUACAUGUGCUACAUUUAUUGAGCUUUGUGGAUAACUAAAUAACUUUUCAAUAUGUUUACUAGAAUAAGAGACUUUGUAUAUAGGCAUAGGAGGAAGUUUUUAAUAGGUACAGCUGUUGUUGGUGGUAUUGCCCUUUUAAGUCGGUAUGCAGAGCACAAGUUACUUGAGUGGCAUGAUGCACAGACAAGAAUGUUACUUCAAAAGCAGAAAAAACGACAACAUUAUGAGAAUACACAGAGAACAGCUAAUACAACAGUCAUGAGUUUAGCAGGUAGCUUGAAGGAGCUUGUGACAAAAGACCUAGAUUCUGAAGCUCUUCUUCUAGCUAUCAGGGAGCAGCCACAGCACAAGCACAGCAUUUGGCAACAACUUAAAGUUAUAGGAUUUAGCCGUGCCAUAUCAGUUGUUUAUGUAUCAAGUCUGGUGGCUUCUGCUAUACGUGUACAAUUGAUGCUUCUCGGUGGUUAUACAUUUGGUGACCUAGUCCAUGAAGGUCAUGCAGGAAUACCAAUUUCUCAAGGAUUGCAACAGAAAUAUUUGGCUGCUGUCCACUUUCUGGUUGAAGAAGGGGUUCCCAAACUUACACAACAUGUGACUCGAGCUGUGACAAAAAUAGCCACUGGAUUACCCCUCACUCAGCAGUUAACACUUUCACAGUUGGAAGCUGUUUUCCAAGAAAUCAGGCUAUUGUUAGCUGGGGAAGGAAUUUCUCAGGAAAUUCCAGAAAGUAAGUCUUGUAAAUUGGAGAACUGGACAAGCUAUGUGUUACAGGUGCCACUGCCUCCAGAGGAUGAUUCUUCAGAGAGCAGGGUUUUGUAUAAUAUGUUGAUUGAGACUUGUGAUAUUCUAGGCAGUGAAGAUUUCAGUAUUGUUAUGGACUCGUUAAUUCAGCAUGGUUUUAACCACAUUUUUGAUAGAUUGGCAGAUUUCUAUCCUCUUAAUAAGCCCCAGCAAAGCUCAAGUGGUACUAUGUACAAUUGGGUCAGUAAUAUAAAUCGAGAAGAACCUCUCAGUGUUGCAGAAGAAAACAACUCUGCCUUGAAAAUCAGCCCUCCCCAGGGGGCAUUUUUGAGCAACCAUACCCUGGCUGUUGCAAAACUGGUGCCAGUGUUAUCUGGAAUAGUUCAUGGUGCUCUUUCUCCAGCACCUGGCCAGUUACUACAGAAAGUAUUAAUGGAAGAGAAGCUUGAGACAUUAGGUUUUAAUGUUUAUGAUGCAUUUGCCGUGCCUCUUUGUUAGUAGAAUGUAGAACAGUCUGGAAAGUAGGGUUAAUUUUUAAAUGUAUGCCUGCAACACGGAUGUAUCAAUUCAAAUUGUAAUUGAUAAUAGUAUUGUGUGUUUACAUGUUUAGCAUUUUUUGUACACUUAGUGAUGUAUUAAAUAUGGAACAUUGUAUCAAUACAUUUGUCUAAAACAGUA